UCAACCAAUCCUCCUUAGUCCUCUCUCUCGGUUCCUUAUUAUGUGCCCUCGUCUCUGCAACUCUGCCAUGCCUAUGAAGCUGAAGCCUCGAGGACUGUGACCAUGUCGCAGAUGAUUAAUCUAUGAAACUGAGAAUUGAUGCGGUUGCUAAACUGAGGCUCGGAAGCCCCAAGUGCCAUUGUCCGCAGCAAUACCCUAUUUAAGGUGAAGAAUUAAGGAGGAAAGAAAAUUAGAGGCUGCAGGAGGAGCAAAAAUGGUGUUGAUUUCCAGUACUAACCCCCAGUACAAGGAAAUAUCAACCAGGAGAAGGAUUGCCAGCAUAUUUAAUAAACGAGAAGACGAUUUUCCAUCUCUGAGAGAAUACAAUGAUUACCUGGAGGAAGUGGAGGACAUGACAUUCAACUUGAUUGAAGGAAUAGAUGUUCCUGCCAUUGAAGCAAAAAUUGCAAAGUACAUGGAAGAAAAUUCUGAGCAAAUAAUGAUUAAUCGAGCGCGGAAGGCUGAAGAACUAGCGGCAGCUCUGGCAGCAAGCAAGGAGAUUCCUACCCAAACUGAAACUGAUGGGGAGCCUGGCUCAAGCUCACAAGGGGGCUUCAGUAUCACUUCACAGGGGCAAUACGCCCCCACAAUAGCUGGAGGGCAGCCACGUCCCACAGGCAUGCCUCCUCAACCAGUACCUCUUGGAGGGGGACUAGACAUGCAACAUAUUGAUGACGAACAAAUGAUGAAGCUCCGAGCAGAGAGGGGUGGAAGGGCUGGUGGGUGGAGUAUAGAAUUAAGCAAGAAGAGGGCACUCGAGGAAGCCUUUACAAGCUUGUGGGUUUGACACCUUAAGUUCAAUGUAUGACAGCAGCUUUUAUCUAAGGACCACAUUUUUCUCAAGGAUUCUGAUCCCUGAGCUAUGUGUGCUGAGUGUAACGAGAUCUAUGUAAACGGGUUAAAACAGGCAUGACUUAAGACUCUCGCCUUCGGUACCAAAUGAGGCAUUUAGGCCUCUCUUAAAUUGUGUAAAUUACUUUGAUACUUCUUGUCAUUCAAUGAUAUUGACAACGUUUACAAUA